AGUAGUUUCCUCAUCACGGCUGCCUCACUUUCUUCCAGUUCAACCAGCCCUGACAGCUCCCAAGCCUUGAGUCACAGAGAGUUGGGAGCCACUCUGCUCACAAACAGCGUCGUAGAACUACUGCAGGAUUAAGUUUACCUCAAAGAUGGGAGAAUUCAAGGUGGAUAAGUUCAACAUUGAAGAUUUCUUCAGUGGAGAUCUUGAUAUUUUCAAUUAUAGCUCUGGCAUGCCCUCUAUUCUGCCAGAUGCUGUCCCAUGCCACUCAGAGAACCUGGAAAUCAACAGUUAUGCUGUGGUUGUAAUAUACGUCCUGGUGACUCUGCUGAGCCUUGUGGGGAACUCCUUGGUGAUGCUGGUCAUCUUAUACAACCGGAGCACCUGCUCUGUCACCGAUGUCUACCUGCUGAACCUGGCCAUUGCUGACCUGUUCUUUGCCCUGACCUUGCCUGUCUGGGCUGCAUCUAAAGUAAAUGGAUGGACUUUUGGCUCAACCCUGUGCAAGAUAUUCUCAUACGUGAAGGAGGUUACCUUCUACAGCAGUGUUCUGCUACUAGCCUGCAUCAGCAUGGACCGCUACCUGGCCAUUGUACAUGCCACAAGUACACUGAUCCAGAAGAGACACUUGGUCAAGUUUGUGUGCAUAGCCAUGUGGUUACUAUCAGUAAUUCUGGCCCUGCCCAUCUUAAUUCUACGAAAUCCUGUUAAGGUAAACCUUUCUACCUUAGUCUGCUAUGAGGAUGUAGGUAACAAUACAUCCCGUUUGAGGGUCGUACUGCGUAUCCUGCCUCAGACUUUUGGCUUCCUCGUGCCGCUGCUCAUCAUGCUGUUCUGCUACGGGUUCACACUGCGCACCCUCUUUAAGGCCCACAUGGGGCAGAAGCACCGGGCCAUGCGGGUCAUCUUCGCUGUCGUCCUUGUCUUCCUGCUCUGCUGGCUGCCCUACAACCUGGUUCUGUUCACAGACACCCUCAUGAGAACCAAGCUGAUCAAGGAGACCUGUGAGCGCCGCGAUGACAUUGACAAGGCCUUGAAUGCUACGGAGAUUCUUGGCUUCCUCCACAGCUGCCUUAACCCCAUCAUCUAUGCCUUUAUUGGCCAGAAAUUUCGCCAUGGACUUCUCAAGAUCAUGGCUACUUAUGGCCUUGUCAGCAAGGAGUUCUUAGCCAAGGAGGGAAGGCCUUCUUUUGUUAGCUCGUCUUCAGCAAACACCUCUACUACCCUCUAAAGACUGUUCACCUAAACGGUGGCCCCUCGGGGUUCCUUCUUGUCUUUCAGCAUGGCUCAUUACCAGAGACUGUGGUAUUUGAAUUGAUGCAGCCCCUCCUCUACAAUUACAGGGAGAAAGAGGUCACGUUCUUAGCAGAGCCCCCAGAGUUUAGAACCCCCUAUAUUGGCUGUCUGCUCCCUUCCAUCUUGGUAUGCCUACUGAUAGAGUUGAUCCAUCCUAACACUAGACCCCAAACACUCUUUUCUAAGAAGCACACGUUACAAUUACAGUGAGAUACUGCCUCCUACCCAUCAGAACAGUUAGCAGUAAAAGGAAGAGGUGGAGGAGAGAAAAUGGCAAGUGACAAUGAGGAAGUAGAAAAAGGGAACUCUUCACCUUACCAGUAGACGAGUACCAGAGUCCCCUCACACAGGAACAUAGCAUAGCAGUUUUCCAUUUAAAAAAAAAUUAAGGGCUGGUGAGAUGGCUCAGUGGGUAAGAGCACCCGACUGCUCUUCCAAAGGUCCGAAGUUCAAAUCCCAGCAACCACAUGGUGGCUCACAACCAUCUGUAACGAGAUCUGAUGCCCUCUUCUGGAGUGUCUGAAGACAGCUACAGUGUACUUACAUAUAAUAAAUAAAUAAAUCUUUAAAAAAAAAAAUUAAAUAUAGAAUUGGCAUGUAAUCCAGCAAGUCCAUCUCUAAGUAGGGUACCUAAAAAAAUUGAAAGCCAGGGUUCAGACAUUUGUAUGCUGAUACUCACAACAGCAUUAUUCAUCAUGAAAAUGAUGGCCAACAGAUGAAUGGGUAAGUUAAACAAGGUGUCUCUACACAACAAAAGAGCGUCCACAAUGAGAAGUGCCAAAAAUAAUCAAAUAGUGUUGACUGGAGGCUGGGUGAGGAAGGGUGGGGAGUUCGUGUAGAAGACACAGCUCCAGUUAGGGAUGAUGGGAAAGCCCUGAAGGUGGGCCCUGAUCCCUGUGUAGUAGUGUGAAUGCACUCAUUACCACUGUAACAAAAGUGUUAAAAUGAAAGCUGAGUAUUGCUCCCUGGGAGAGUGCUUAUUUAACAUUUCUAAGAACUCAGGCUCAAAUCCUAGCACCUCGACAAACAAACAAACAAACAAACAAAAAAGCUAAAAUGGUUAUUUUUGUUAUGUGUGUUUUACCUCACUUUACCAAAAAUAUAAAAAUCUAAGUCUAAAAAAUGUUCACCAUCCCAUAAACAACCACCAAACCCAGACACUAGGCAGAUGCCAACAAGAACCUGCUGACAGGAGGCUGAUAUAGCUGUCUCCUGAGGAGCUCUGCCAGUGCCUGGAAAAUACAGAAGUGGAUGCUCACAAUCAUCCAUUGGAUAGAGGACAAGGUCCCAAAUGAAGAAGCUAGCGAAGGUAUCCAAGGAGCUAAAGGGGUCUGAAGCCCCAGAGGAGGAACAUCAGUAUGAACUAGCCAGUACCCCCCCAGAGCUCCUUGGAACUAAACCACCAAUCAAAGAAAACACAUGGUGGAACUUGUGGCUCUAGCUGUAUAUGUAGCAGAGGAUGGCCUAGUCAGUCAUCAAUGGGAGGAGAGGCCCUUGGUCCUGUGAAGGCUCUAUGCCUCAAUAUAGGGGAAUGCCAGGACCAGGAAUGGGAGUAGGUGGAUUGGGGAGCAGGGGGAGAGGGAAGGGAAUAGGGGAUAUUUGGAGGGGAAACUAGGAAAGGGGAUAACAUUUGAAAUGUAAAUAAAGAAAAUAUCUAAUAAAAAAAAUGUUCUUUAACCACUGAACCAAUGCAGAACUAUCUACCUUAUAAUUUCUUGUAAAGUGUGACUAUUAAAUGUCGUUUUAAAAAAUA